AUGUCAAAGAGCCUUGAGAUCACAGCACUUAUCAGUUCGGCCGUCCAUGAUGAUGCGCCACGACAGUCUCUACCGGAGAUCAUCUCAGGAAUCAUCCGCAAUGACCAAGGUUCUCUACUGGAUCCUUUGAACAUUGUUCACAUCCUUUUGUCAUGCCACAAAGAUGGUGUAGAUGAGCUCCUUUCGUUGGUGGCCAACUCCUGCUCCCCAAAAGAGAUCAUUAUUACCGCACAAGAGUUCUCCGAGAGGCUCGAAGCUCGCUUUGAAGAAGAAGAUGCGGAUUCAGUGGGCCAUGCAUCUUACUUGGCACAUCUUUCUCACCCAACCACACCUUCGAUUCCGCGGUUAAAGCCUCGGAAGUCGAUAUCUGAGACGAUACAGCCUGUCUUCUCUGAACUCGGCCAACUUGUGUCAUCUAUGGCGAUGGAAGCCACGGCUCCCGAGGGUAGAGCACUCAUCGCGUCUGCUUCAAUACUAGUCAAGAACACUGCUUUGUGGAUGAAGAAGAUGGCUGAAGGGGACCCGCAAGAGGUCGCACGGUCGUCUGUUGUCAUGUCUACUCUUCUGGACGUCGUCAUCGAAGCAUGUUCGGAGAAGAUCUGCAGUUCGAUCGCACAAAGGACAUUCCAGAAAUAUUAUCCUAGGCUGAUGGAAGCGUGUGAGGCCCUAGGUCGUACCGCACAAGUCCUGGAGUCGACCCCGUCCAUCGUGUCACUUGUCCUUAUUGCCCACGUACAACCUGCAAUCGCGCCCACGGUGGCAAACCUCAACACUAUCUUUCCCGCUAUUUUGACGUCUAUUCAGUCCAAUAUUGCGCUCGAUGAAUCACUCGCUUUCCUCCUCAUGGCCAUCAUCGACCCCAAUGCGUCCGCCGCCACCCCUCCGUCACCGACGCCUCGCCAGGAUAUCUCACUGGAUAUCCUUGUUCCUCUGACAACACUCCUCCCACCCCUCUGCUGUGCGCACCCGGACCCACCUACCCGCCACCUUACCUUCCGUCUCCUCCACCUUGUGCUCGACGCCACGCCUCCUGCCCUCCGUCUCCAGAUCCUUAAAGACCUCCUGGAGCCCUCGGAGGAAGCCUUUCCGCAGAUGCGUUCCGCGGCCAUCGGCCUUGUGAAGACAUCGUUCCUACGCGCUCUUCAAGCUAAGGCGAACGUCGCCGCUGGGACGGACGUCUUUCUAUCACCAAUUCUACUGAAGACAGUCGGACACUACGUAUUCAGGGCUGAUCCACCGGAUCUGCUCGUGAAUGAGCUGGAGGUGGAUGCGUUUCUGGAGUCGACUGAGCCGGCAAGACUGGUGGAGUGUCUCGGCUUGUACUAUGUCCUCGUAUUGCGAGAUGCGGAUAACAUGACUGGGAUCCGAGAUCCAGACUUGAUUGGCAAUAUCGAGAAGUCGUUCUUAGGUCCCUUGCGUUCCACUUUGAUGCGCUGGUUGAAGGACCCAAUCAUUGCUGCCGACCCGCACAAAAGUCUCUCGCUUGCGCCACUUCAAACCAAUGUUGAGAGGAUUGACGAAGCACUGAUCAAGAUCAAGACUUUGUCCUGA